AUGGCUGGUACUUACGACAACGAAGAGCAAGGAAUGGUCGAUAGAAUUAAAUGCAUCGCUUUUCGUGAAGCUCGCGAUGAGCGUACAACAUUUAUUAAUCGACAAUGGAUUGCACAGAAAAUUCAUCGAACUACUCGAUUUGUUACUGAGUGGUGGGAGAAAUCAUGUGAUGAAUGUUUUGCUGAUUAUUCGAAAUCUGGUCGUAAACUGAAGUUAUCAGAAGCGAAGUGUAGUCUAACAUGUGCCAUCGUUUAUGACCCGGAUGCUUCCAAGAUGUUUGGUGAACCAUUUUAUGUUAAAAAGAAAGCGUUUGAAAUAACUAUAUCAUUUGCUGGGCAAAAAUCAGUCAGUCUAAUGCCAUUUUCAUUUUUAACAUCAACUGCAUGGGGCUCGACAAUCUGGGGUAUAGUUAAAUGUUCUUGUUUACUAACAUGA